CUCUCUUCUCUCGAUCGGAGGUGCAAAGGAUAUGUUACUGGGGAAUUCUGAACAAUUUCAAAUAUUCAAUAUACAAAAUUCAAAUUCACUUUUCCUUGAACUUCUUGAAUAGAAGUUCCCGACAUGGUUGUAAAACAUGUUGCCAACGACCCUUACUUGACUCAAUCCUUUAAUCCUACGAAAAAACCAUAGACAUUGAUAGACGACCACCAAAAACUUUCAAUGACUCACUCAUAGACCACCAGGUUUUUUGUUGUUUUUUUGUUUAGUACUCCUCUCUCACCUAGAUUUUUUUAUGCAACGGGAGGAAUUGAAUAAGAGCAAACGUGUUAAAAGCUAAAGCUUGGCUGUUGUUUUUAGUAUGGACGGAAGGGGGCCACGUACUCCCGACCACGAUACUUCGCAUACUGCCGCUACCGCGCCUUCCGCGUUUACGAGUCAGGGUGCAUCCGCUACUGCUACGCACCACAGCAGCAUGGCAGGAGCUAAUUUUUACAGCAGCAAUGCUAUAGAAGGCAGUGCCGGAAGCACUAGUCCCGGUGGCAUGAAUAACACUCCCUUCUUCAGCGGGUCUGGGAUGAUUGGCGGUACAACUAGUAGCGCAACAGGAGGCGCCGGUGGUAGCAUUAGUCUUGUUGCAGGUGGAGGAGGCAAUACUAGUAAUCUUUCUUCUCCAGGAGGGGGUGGCUUGUAUCAUACCAACAGUUACAAUUCGCAAUUCGGAGGAGGAACAGGUGGAACGAGUCCCGGUGGAGGCAGUUCGAGUUCGACCUUCAACCAGAUGGCUGCGGCAAACCAGGGUUCGGCGACGCAGGUUGUAGUAGAGGGACCACCAGUGCUGCACCUGCAACUGCGACCGCCGGCUCCGAAUAUGCACGUGACGUGGGAUGACUCCGUAAUCGACAACGAAGGGAUGGGCAAAAAGAGCUCCAAAAAAUGCUGAAUCUACCACCGUCCCCGAGAGUUCGGGGAAUCCAGUUCGGAGUCAGAGGGGUCAUCUGACACGAGCAGCGACGAAGAGGGCCAGCCGAAGAAAUUCAAAGGCGUUGGUCCUCGACGAGGACGCAGGAAAAAGGCCAAGAACGAUCAAGGGCCUGCUGAUGACAAAGGAAGUAGUAACAAAGACGAUCCAUCCUCAUCCUCGAAGAGCGGAGGCGGGCCGGGGCCAUCCGGAGACUCAUCUGCGCGGCCCUCGUAGGGAUCAUCAGAUAGAACGUCUCGACGUUUUUCCUACGCGAACUUCCUUUCCUAUAAUUCCUUGCAAUUAAUAAGCUGGGAAUCCGUAGAACCAGAAUCAGAAAUUGAAAUAGGAGUCUAGAACAAGAAGUACGUCAAGGAAUAGACAACUACGAGAAAUGCGCACUGUGUAAUAGUUGUCUGCUCCUCGUGUUCAGAGGAAUCACCUGUUUCUUAUCUUCAGUUUCGUUUUACAACUCUCACUUUCCUCAUCCUCAUUGUGCAUCUCAUGAAUUAAGUUUUCCCGUCAUCCUCGUGCACAGCUUCUUUCUGAAAAAUGUGGUCAUGGAUUUGUUCAUCAGAACGUCAUUCUUGUACUAGACUAGCAGCGAACGAAGGAUUACCCUAUCGAUCAAAAAACGUGUCUUUGACACGAUUGUAGUUAUUUCUUGUGAUUUUUCACAACCUGAUGUGAAAGGAGCUGAACUGUGUGGUGAAGUUUUUACACGGCAGGUGAUGUGAAAUUGAUUUUAUAAGCAGAUUUACAUUCAUCUGCUUCGACAUAAUGAUGAUUGAUUCUAACUCUUCUCUUCUACUCUACAGGAUUGACUAACAGAUGUGACGAUCCAGAAACUUCUGAUGUUGUACCUUGAGUGGUCCUCUUUCAGUUUCCUCCUCCAUAAGAUUUUCAAAGUGCCUUGCGCUUCCGCUUGCAUGUCGCCCGACCAUGUCAAAAUCUUGCGACGUCGAUGUCAAUCAUGUCAUAGAAGUCUAAGCGCUGCAUUUUCUUGUUUCCUUUACAUUGAUUGUUGAAGAAUGAGGAGGCGUGAAUCAUCCAAGACAGGAUUUUUUCCAAUGUCUUCCACUGAAUUUCUCACUAUUAAUGAAGUCAGAGUGCGUAGACCUAGACGGGCAUGCACCCACGUUUG